AUGGAUCAUACUUUGGAGGAUUCUUUAAAUUUGGAGAAUGCUAUGGGAGUUGAUUUUGGACACAAUGAUGAUGUGGAGGUCAGUCAAGCAAGUAUAACAUUGAUACAAAGUGGUCAUGAUGAAAGUAUUCCCAUGGAUUUUGAGCACAACGAAGAACAACCCAUGCUUAUGGAUACUGGAAAUGAGGAGAUUAUUGAUUUCAUGAGCGAUCAGUUUACACUUCAAGAAUAUUCUGUUCAAAGCGAUCAAACAACAGAAUUGACGACAACUGUGGAAUCAAAUCAGCAGCAUAUACUGACUUCACAAACAGAUACAAUGGUGGAUAUACAGUUCACUCCUCAAAUAGUUAGCACAUCUUCUAUAACACAAGAUAAUGGUGAACCCAAGAUGGUUGCUGUUAAGUCAGUUUUACCGAAAACUACAAAAAAAAGUGAAUCUAUGGCCACCCUUGCGACAAUGCCUCGUCAAGUGGCCAUUGCACCCAAGCCUCCUAAACUUGUUAGUAAAACAUUUGCUCCAAAACAAUUGGCCAUAGCACCAAAACCGGUGACAAUGAUCUCUAAUAGAGGACAAAGCCUUGUCAAAAAGGUAUCACUAGCUAAUGUGAUACAAGGAACCACUAAAGGGAAAACAGUUUUGGCACAAAUUGGCAAGCAGCUUAUCAUGGUGCCUUCUGGAUCACAGAAAAUUAAACUUGUCACAGCAACACCGGGAAAUAACACAGUGCAGUAUGUUAGAGCUGACGCAGAACAAGCACAACUUAUUGUUAAUAAGAAUACUGGUGCCGCACAAAACAAGCCGAUGCUAACCAAACUUAUAACAGUGCCAGGAGCAACUAGUGACUCGAACGCGCCAGCCGUCAUCACUAAGAUUGAGCCGUCACGGUUUGUGGUUCAACAGAAGACAAUACCACUUACUGUGGGGAACAAGGUUGUAAUGGCAACACCAUCAAAGCAGCCCGUGAGGGUGUCAAAGAAACAAGAAAUAAUUACUAUCAAGUCACCAACACCAAAAUUGAUGCCAGCUACAGCCAUAAAUACAGCAACAAAACAGAAAGUUAUCAUAAAUCCUAGUGUGAAUAUGAUGCUUAAGGCAGCGGCAGCGCAGAACAAAACACAAAAUUCAGAAGAUGGCGCAACAGUUGCGGAAGGCGGAAAGUCACAGUUGCAUCAGAUUAAUGUACCCGGCAAAGGCAUUCAAUAUAUCCGCCUCGUCACCAAUUCUUCUUCAGAGACGCCGAAGCCGGUUCCCAAACAGUUAAUGGCGCUACCUUCAAAGACAUUCGUGUUGACGGAUAAUAAAGGUAAUCUAAUACAAAUGACUGCUGAGAAAAUGUCAGCCGGACAACCACCGUCACUUGUGGUCACAGGGAAGGGGAAUGCGGUUAACAAAUUGAAUACGUCGAAACCGCCACAAAAGUUAGUGAGAAUAGCACCCAUAGUGAAAACAUCGCAGACUGUUACUCAGUCGCCCGCGAGUUUAUUAGCGCCGUUAUCCCCGGCCUCCCCUGAGCGUACUUCGAGUCCCGUACAAGAGUCUAAAUUGACUCUAAAAGAGCUCGUGGAACACGUCAACGACGAGUGCAGCUUGGCUGAGGUCGAGGUUGACUUUAAGAAAGACGGGAGUCCAACACCUGAUAACAGUAUGGACAGCAUUGAUCAAUACAAUCACUCUAAUAAAUCUGAAGAUCAUCCACUCAUCGUGAUACCGUCGGCGUACGAUCAAAUGAUUGUACCAGAUGACUCUGAAAGAAUGGAUGAGUCUCAAGACGAAAAUAAUACGUUAAAAGUGGAUAUAGACAUGACAAACUAUCAGUCGUCGACGACGCCUGCUCUCUCUGAAACGGAUCAAGUGACCACUGAAUUAGGUGGUCUAAGGCCUCGUAAAGCAUGCAACUGUACAAAAUCUCAAUGUCUGAAGCUGUACUGUGACUGUUUCGCUAACGGGGAGUUUUGCAACAGAUGUAAUUGUAACAAUUGUCACAAUAAUCUGGAAAAUGAGGAACUGCGGCAGAAAGCUAUUAGAGGCUGUUUGGACAGGAACCCUAACGCUUUUAGGCCCAAGAUUGGAAAAUCGAAGACGGGCGGCCCGGAGAUAAUAAGACGGCACAAUAAGGGAUGCAACUGUAAAAGAAGCGGCUGUCUGAAGAACUAUUGUGAAUGUUACGAGGCUAAGAUAGCGUGUUCGUCGAUCUGUAAGUGUGUCGGGUGUCGCAAUGUUGAGGAGACGUUGGAGCGAGGCAGGCGGAGGGACGCGCCUCGAGCGAUACAACCACUGGCCGGACCACCUACGUAUAGACCGCACGUCGCACUCGCACACGCCAAGCAGCCAUGCAGCUUCAUGACGUCAGAGGUGAUCGAGGCCGUGUGCCAGUGUCUGAUAGCGGCGGCUGUUGACAACAAGGAGGAGGAGAGGAGGGACGUUGACCCCAUGCGUGACGUCAUCGAGGAGUUCGCGCGCUGUCUGCAGGACAUCAUCAGCGCUGCGCAUCAGAGCGCGCCGCUCGCCCUGCUGGACGAGGGCCCGGCAUGA